GCAGAAUGUGUUUCUUGUUUCCGGUUCCGGGUUCCAGAGUUCCAGACCGGUUGAGAUUUAAUCAGAAACAAACAUCCACUGGAUUAAGCUCCUUUGUUUUUACUCCAAGUAUAAGUCACAGUAUGAGAAGGACUACAAGGGAUUCAUCAUGAAACAAUAUAGAAACUAACAUGUAUUCAUCCACAGAACAUCCACAGAUACAAUAUCUAUCUACAUAUAUUAAGGAGGAACCAACCUUGUGUCAAAAAGAAAAUCUAAUCAACAUUUCGACACCCAAAGAACAUCCGCAGGUAGAAUAUAUAUCUGCUCAUAUUAAGGAGGAACAAGCCUUGUGUAAAGAAGAAAAUAUCACCAACAUAUCUAGACCCAGAGAACAUCCACUGAUAGAAUACCCAUCUACUCAUAUUAAAGAGGAACCAGCCUUGUGUGAAGAAGGAAAUCUUACAGACAAUUCUGUACCUACAGAUCAUCCACAGACAGAAUAUCCAUCUACUCAUGUUAAGAAGGAACCAACCUCAUGUGAAGAAUGCAAUCUCACAGACAUUCCUAAACCAUCAGAACAUCCACAGAUAGACUAUCCAUCUUCUUAUAUUAAGAAGGAACCGGUUUCAUGUGAAGAAGGGAAUCUCAUGAAUAUUUCUACAAAAACACAGCAUCCAUUUACUUAUAUCAAAGAGGAACCAUACUCAUGUGAAGAAGGAAGUCUCACAGACAUUUGUACCCCCAAUGAACAUCCACAGACGGAAUAUCCAUCUACUGAUAUUAAAGAGGACACAGCAUCAUAUAAAGGAAAAAUCAUAAACAUUUCUGCACCCACAGAACAUCAACAGACACAAUAUCCACGUACUCAUAUUAAGGAAGAACCAGCUUUAUAUUCUUGUCCUCAGUGUGGUAAAUGUUUUAAUCUAAAACCUUACCUUCAGAAACACAUAAAAACACACACAGGACAGAAGGCAUUUUCUUGCUUACAAUGUGGGAAAGGAUUUACAAAAAAAUCCUAUCUUGAUAAACAUCAGAAGAUUCUCACUGAAGAUAAACCAUAUUUUUGUUCUAAAUGUGGAAACCGUUUUAAUCAACAGUGUGCUUUUCUUAAACAUAAAAGUAGUCACGUGGGUGAGAAACUAUAUUCAUGUUCGGAGUGUGGAAAAUGUUUUUUCCGUAAAUCAGUUCUUUUAAAACAUCAAAAUGUUCACACAGGAGAGAAAUUAUAUUCGUGCUCAGAGUGUGGGAAACAUUUUAGCCAGAAAUCGAAUCUUCAAAGUCAUCAUAAAAUUCACACAGGAGAGAAACCGUAUUCUUGUUCUGAAUGUGGAAAGUGUUUUACACAUAGGACGGGUUUGCAUUCACAUAAAAGAAUUCACACAGGAGAGGGGCCGUUAUCAUGUUUUGAAUGUGGAAAAUGUUUUACGCACAGACAAAGUCUGGAAUUACAUAAAAGAAUUCACACCGGGGAGGAACCAUUUUCUUGUUCGGAAUGUGGAAGAUGUUUUAUUUAUAAAGAAAAUCUUCUUACACAUCAGAGGAUUCAUACAGGAGAGAAACCAUAUACUUGUUCUGAAUGUGGGAGAUGUUUUCGCCAUAGGUCAAGUCUUGUUAAACAUGAAAGAAUUCACACAAGAGAGAAGGCGUAUCCAAGUACAAACGCCCAAGAGAAGCCAUAUUCCUGUACUGAAUGUGGUGAACGUUUUAUCAAUCAUUCUUUGUUUAUUAAACAUCAGCAAGUUCACACUGGAGAUGAACCGUUUUCAUGUAUUAAAUGUGGGAAAUGUUUUGCAGACAAGGAUGCUCUUGUCAGCCAUGAACUACUUCACGAAGGUGAAAAACCAUAUUCCUGUGCGCAGUGUGGCAAAUGUUAUAGUCAUAAAAGGAAACUUGCCAGACAUGAAAAAAUUCACACAGGUGAUAAACCGUAUUCUUGUUCAGUGUGUGGAAAAUGUUUUGGAGAUAAAGCAACUCUCAUUGGUCAUCAGAGAACUCACACAGGCCAGAAACCGUACUCAUGUUCUGAGUGUGGCAAAUGUUACCGUCAUAAAGUCAAUCUUGUGAGACAUGAAAAGCUUCACACAGGAGAGAGACCAUAUUCCUGUUUCGAAUGUGGGAGAAGGUUUAUCCAAAAGUCAGUGUUUGUCUCACAUCAGAGAACACAUACAGGAGAAAAACCAUUUUCUUGCUCUGAAUGUGAAAAACGUUUUAACUGCAAACAAAGUCUUGUAAAACAUCUUCUCGUUCAUGCUGGGAAAAAACCAUAUUCUCGGUUUCAAAGUGUUUGAAAUUGCCCAAUUUGCUAUGAAAUCUAUAGAGUCCUAGAGAUUAGGAUUGAGGGCAUUCUCUUAAUCAUUCCAUUGAGAUGGGGAUUUUGUUUUCAAAUAAAUUGCAUAUUGUAAGGACCUGGUCACACUUUAAAAAUAUUCUCGUAAUUCAUAUGAUCAAGUUAAACGUUAGGCACUUGGCACGAAAAGUAGUGUGAAAUAUUUUUAGGAAUAACAUAUUUUCUUUGAGUAACAUCAAAAGUGAUUUAACCCAUGACAAAAUGCAGAUUCAUUUGUUUUGUUUUUAUCAGAGUUUGCAAUUUUUGAGAAAUUGCAUGAAAAGUGAUUAGCUGUGUUCUAGAAUACAGGAGUUUGUUUUUGAAAAGUACUGCUUCAUAAA